CUCUCUCUCUCUCUCCCUCUCUCUCUCUCUCCCCAUAAUAGAGAGAGACCACAUCUUAUAAUCUCGAGUAAAGUACUCCCUCAAGGUAUUCAUUUUCAUCCAAGAAACACACGAGAAAAAAAAAACCCUAAUCGGAUAUCUAUCGAGAAACCAAUGGAUCCGAUGCAGGGAUUUAUGGGCAGCACGAACACGAUGAUGAUGAUGACCACAACGACGUCGUCUUCAUCAUCUUCCUCCUCGUCAGGAUCGACGGCGAACCAGCUGAGCCGCUACGAGAAUCAGAAGCGAAGGGAUUGGAACACUUUCGGACAGUAUCUCCGAAACCACAGACCUCCGCUCUCUUUGUCCCGUUGCAGUGGAGCUCAUGUUCUUGAGUUCCUCAGGUACCUUGACCAGUUCGGCAAGACCAAGGUUCACACACAAUUAUGCCCAUUCUACGGCCAUCCGAACCCUCCGGCCCCUUGCGCCUGCCCGCUCAGGCAGGCAUGGGGCAGCCUCGACGCCCUCAUCGGCCGUCUGAGAGCUGCCUUCGAAGAGAACGGUGGCUCGCCCGAGACGAACCCUUUCGGAGCCCGAGCCGUCCGGCUCUACCUCAGGGAGGUCCGUGACUCUCAGUCCAAGGCUCGUGGCAUUAGCUACGAGAAGAAGAAGCGGAAGCGCCCGCCCCAGCCGCUGUCUCGAGCCGCCGGUUCCGGCGAUAUGAAGCAACCCUAGCUAGGGCUGAAACAUAUCACCGAGUAAGAAAAGGGACAUAUGCUUGGAGAGAUUCAUAUAUAUAACAACUCUAUUGCGUUGUUUCUUUUCUUUUUCCUUAGACUGAAACAUGAAAUUUAAAUAUUGUCCAUGUGCCACCUUUGUGGGCGUUAAAUCGAAAUUUUUUUAUGACAAGACCGAAUUUCAAAUUUGAAACUUAUAGUUUGAUCUUAGUUCAUGUCUAAAUAAUUUCUUAAAAAAAAAAAA